GCUUAAUCAUAGUCUCAGAAAACUGAUAUGAAUGUGAAUUGAAUACGCUUAAGCUUACUACCAAGUGCUAUUCAGUUACCUAGCCCACAGUUCAUUAUGGAGUCAACCAUAAAAUUGUACUUUUGUGGCACUUCAAUCAUCUAGUCAUGAUUCUAUUGGUUCCAAAGAUUAUCUUAAUUAGCUGCCUGACACAAAACUGAAAAAUUCAGAUACUUCAAAUUCCUCCACAAACAGAGAAGUGCGGGUCCCAGAGAGCACUAGCUACUUGAUGCUCAUACUGAAAACGACUGGCUUAUUUGGUAACUUGCAUAGAAUUGAAUCUAUCCUUUAAGCAAAGAUCAACAAGAUGAAAUUCAACAGUUUCUACUAUUCAAUCAUUUUGAUUCCAACAAUCUUUGCAACCACAGCUUUAACAGAUCCACCAACUAAAACAAUCACUGAAGUUUUGACCAUCACAUAUACACCAACAGAAACUUCUAAGAAUAACGUUGUUACAAAGACACUUUAUGAAACUAUCCAUGAUGGUAUCGAAUCAGAUCAACAAACCAAACCCGGGGACUUUGCACAAACACCUUCAGUUCCAGUAGCUGCUCCAGCUAAUGGUGAGUUUAUCAACAGCUUAUUAUCAGAUUUGAAAGCUCAUAAAAAAAUAGCACAGAAUACUAACAAAACAAAAGUUCUCGUACCAGGUUUAAACGUUGAAUCAACUAGUGGUGUUGUACCUGAAGCUAAUGAACAAUUAAAAUCUCAAGCUGGUGAAGAUGAAUUUGGAUAUGAUGCUGAUUAUUUUCAAAGUCGUUUAGAACCACUCAUUUCAAACCCAUCUGAAAAAGAUUUCCAUGAGUUGAAUGAAGAAAUUGAUUCACAAGUCAGUGAUGAAGAAGAUGAUGAUGAAGAGGAAGAAAUUUAUGAAGAGUCUGAAGAUGGUGAGGACUUUGAAGAUGAUGUUGAAGUUGCUGAUGAAUAUGAUAUUGAUGCCGAUGUUGAAAUAUCCUCUCCAUAUCAUCUUGAUCCAAAUUAUAGAGGUACCACCAACCCAAAGGAAUUAGAAAAACCAAGACCUGCUGAUGCCACAGACGAUAUCAAUCAACCAGAUCCUACACUCGAUCAAAACAAUCCACUAGAACACCAACAACCGACCAUUGAUGAGCAACAAAAAGAUCAAGACCCAGAAAAUAACAAUAAUCCUAAUGAGCCUCAACUGGUGGAUGAAGAUCUUUCAAACAAAUACACUCAUUCAAAUUUCACCAAGCCUGAACCUAAUGAAGAAGGACAUCCUAUCCCUCAACCAAUUGGUGAACAUGAUCCAGAAGAGGAAGAAAUAACAAAGGGCAAACAAGUUUUGGAUAAAGAAGAGACUGAUUCAUUAGUUAUUGGUAACAAAACUUCUGGAAUCCCAAAGAAGAUUAAAGGUAACAAAUUGAAAUCUGAAGAUAAUGAUUUUGAAAAUAGAUUCAUUCAAGGUUCGAUAAUUGAUGGAUUAGAUUCCAAAAACCAAACCUCUAGAACUGGGAAGUCAUCAUGUAGGCCAUUGAGCACAACUUUAACCAAGAUGAAUGAUGAUACAAGUGGAGGGUCCAUGAAUUAUAUUAGUUUGAAUUCAGUUCUUUUCAUUGUUGGGAUUUUAUCUGGAUUCAUGACAUUUGCAUAG